GGAAAUGACGUUGGUUCGUGUUCGUUCUUUCUAGAAAAAAUGGCAGCUGUUGACAUCGACGUGCCGGUGGACACAGAACCUCAAAUCCACAAUCCAGAGGACAUGGAUCGUCAGGCUGAAGGCUUCAAAGAGCAAGGAAAUGCAUUCUACAGCAAGAAAGAAUACUCUGAGGCUUUCAACUAUUAUACUAAAGCCAUAGAUGUAAGCCCCAAAAAUGCCAGUUAUUAUGGCAACAGGGCAGCCACCCUCAUGAUGCUCUGUCGCUUUCGAGAGGCCCUAGAAGAUUCCCAGCAGGCUGUGCGGCUGGAUGACUGUUUCAUGAAGGGUCAUCUACGUGAGGGCAAGUGCCACCUGUUGUUGGGAAAUGCCAUGGCGGCCAAUCGCUGCUUUCAAAAGGUUUUGGAGCUUGAGCCCAGCAACAAAGAGGCCGAGCAGGAGAAUAAGACUGCAGGGACUCUACUGGAGUACGAACGAAUGGCAGAUUUUGGCUUUGAGAAGCGGGAUUUCAGAAAGGUGGUGUACUGCAUGGACCGGGCCUUAGCUGUGGCUUCUGCCUGCCACCGCUUCAAAAUCCUCAAGGCCGAGUGUCUGGCUCUGCUGGGACGCUAUCCCGAAGCCCAGUCUGUAGCGAGCGAUAUCCUGCGAAUGGAUUCCACGAACGCAGACGCACUCUACGUCCGAGGCCUGUGUCUUUACUACGAGGACUGCAUCGAUAAAGCUGUACAAUUCUUCGUCCAGGCUCUGCGCAUGGCACCUGACCACGAAAAGGCCCGGCUAGCCUGCAGGAAUGCCAAAGCCUUAAAAGCCAAGAAAGAGGAGGGCAAUCAAGCAUUUAAGAACUGCAACUAUGAAGCCGCCUACCAGCUGUAUACCGAGGCCCUGACGAUAGACCCCAACAACAUCAAGACCAACGCUAAACUCUACUGCAACAGAGCCACGGCAGGAGCAAAGCUGAAGAAACUUAAUCAAGCCAUUGAUGACUGCACCAGCGCAAUCAAACUAGAUGACACUUACAUCAAGGCCUACUUAAGAAGAGCUCAGUGUUACAUGAACACGGAGCAGUAUGAGGAGGCCGUACGAGACUAUGAAAAAGUUUACCAGACAGAAAAAACAUCAGAUCACAAACAUCUGCUGAAGACAGCACAGCUGGAGCUGAAGAAGAGCAAAAGGAAAGAUUACUACAAGGUGCUGGGGGUCAGCAAGAACGCCACUGAGGACGAGAUAAAAAAAGCCUAUCGCAAACGGGCCCUUAUGCACCACCCAGACCGCCACAGUGCGGCAACUCCAGAGGUGCAGAAGGAGGAGGAAAAGAAAUUCAAGGAGGUGGGCGAGGCCUUCACUGUGCUCUCUGACCCAAAGAAGAAGAUGCGCUACGAUAGUGGACACGACUUGGAAGAUGAGGGCUCCUGUGAUGGCGGAGAUUUUGAUGCAAACAACAUCUUCAGGGCCUUCUUUGGCGGCCAUGGUGGAGGAGGAGGAGGAUAUAGUUUUGAUUCCAGUCCAGACUCUGGACCUGGAAAUUUCUUUUUUCAAUUUGGCUAAAGUAAAGGAGCAUGUUGGAACAUGCAGCCCCGCAGUGGACAAAAUUAAAAUGGACCCACAGUCAUCUCCUGAUGCUCAUACUCCUGAGUGUCUUGCAAAAUCUCCCCACUAUUCUUAUUCAAGAGGUUUCUCAUUAUUACAUUCACUUCUAAAUUUACUCCUCGCAUUGAUGCUAACAAACAGUGGGAACGAUAAUUCAGAGACUUAAGUUAAGAAUUAUCAUUGUAAAUAAAAAAAGGUUCUUAAGAAGUCUUAUUUAAGAGGUUUGGAUCAGCUGAUCAGAGCAUGUCCCUGUUGCCAAAAUCAAAAUGAUAUUAAAUAAAAUCUUGUAACACUGCCUCAACCUUCAUAAAGGUGAUCAGUAGGAAGAAAUACAUUGGAAGUGUAAACAUCAUGGUUGAUUAGUUUUAGAAGACAUAACAUGGCUUACGUUUUUUAAGGUUCUCCUGGGAUAGCAUGUCUCUAUAGCGUGUCAAUGUACUGUGGAAGUUCAAUGUCAAAACUGACCUCAGGACAGCCUGUUUAGGACGCCAGUCUUUUGGGAGCGUUUGUUCAGGUUUUAUUGGCUCACUUGUCAGAUAGAAUAGACAUGCAGGGUUUUUUGUUUUUUCUCCAUGCUGCAUUGUAUAUUUGAUUUGAAUGUAAAGCGGUUUGUGUCCAUAAAUCUUUUUUUCUUCAGUCUUC